AAUGAGCGCACGAGACGACCGGAAGUCAGGUCUCAUUUAAAUGCAUGGCCCGAAGUCUCCUCCGCCUCACUUCACCUGCAGCUCAGCGCGGAUUUUCUUGUUUUUACGGACUCGUUCCAUUAAAAGGCCUGACAGCUGAUCCAGAUGUAUGCUGAGGAGGGUUUGGAGUUUAAUUGCUGCCCAACAGGAGCAAGCUGCUGGUUUGAAACCAGAUGGGUUCUGGCCCAGUAAAAAGCAGACCUUCUGUCAGAACGAUGCAGCGAUGGAGGUUCUGACCAGCACCUACAAGUCCUUCUGAAGUUCUGACCUGCACCAGCAGGUCCUACAGAGAUCCUAACCAGCACCUACAGGUCCUACGGAGGUUCUGACCAGCACCUACAGGUCCAGACACCGCCCCGUUGACAGAACUCUUUCUCAGUGUGUGUGUGUGUGUGUGUGUAUGUACCAUGGGUGGACCGGGCCUCCCACUGUGUCUGCUGCUGUGGGUCUCAACAGCAGCAACAGGAGGUCAGGUCAUAGCUCCUCCCAGUCUGACUGCAGAUGCUGGAUAUCCCAUCAUGCUUAGCUGCAACAUCACCUUAGCAACAGGUGACAGCGUUCGCCAGGUGCGUUGGUUCGACAAGCACUCCAAGCUACUGCUGGCCUACGAGCCGCACCGCAUCAACCAUCAGGAGCCCAACGUGACGCUCAGCGCCUCCUCCCCCAACCGCAGUGCCAUCACCAUCACCACGGUAACGUCUGCCCACGAAGGCUGUUACCGCUGCAUCUUUUAUGUUUUCCCCUCCGGGCAGCAAGAAGGCUCCACCUGCCUCAGCGUCACCGGUAAAGUUCAUCCAGAGGGCAACAAGACGGCCAUCGCGGGGACGCCUGUCUCCCUGUCCUGCUCCUACAGCCUCGCAGAGAGGGUUCGACAGGUGCUGUGGAGGAAGACAGCGGAGCAGGGCGACACCACCCAGGUGGCCUCCUACACCAAACGCAGCCACGACACCUGGGAGCAGUUCAAAGGUCGGGUCAGCUUGAGCCACACGCUGGGGGAGACGAGGCUCACCAUCAGGCAGGUCCGCAUGGAGGACGAGGCCUGCUACACCUGUGAGUUCCACACCUAUCCUGACGGGAGCCGCAGCGCCUCCACCUGCCUCUCCGUCUAUGUUCUUCCCAAACCAGAAGUGACCAAAGUCACCUCCUCCUCAGGAGUCACUGAGGCCAACUGCACCGCCCGGUCCCGUCCUGCCGCUGACAUCACGUGGGACACCGGCGGGGACAACCGAACGCUCGGCCCGCCCGUUUCAUCCGUCUACGACCAGGGCGACGGCACCACCAUCCUGACGAGCACGCUGCUCCUCCAGUCAGAGCUGCUCAGCGAACAGACGGUGAAGUGUGUGGUCCGCCACGGCGGUUUGGAGAAACCCAUCACACUUCCUGUCAACCCAAAAGAAGUGCAUCCAGCCACGAUCACCCUCAUCCUGGUGAGCGGCGUGGUCGUGCUCCUCCUCCUGUGUCUCUGUGUGUGUCUCUGCAAGGCCUUCGUCUGCGCAGACGCCUGAUGUGGAGUUGGACCUCAGCUCCAGACCAGUUCUGAGCCCGGUUCCCUUCAGCUCGGCUCGGACAGGAAGCUCCUGGUUCUGCUCCUCCUGGAACGGUCCCAUGGAAGCAGGCUGAGCUUCUGCCAUGUAAAAAGAACUAAAACUGCUGAUGUUAACGUUAGAGAAGACACUUAGGACCUGGCCUGUUAGUUCUAUACAGAAGAAGCACGGGGACGGCUGGCCAGGCUGGAAGUUGCCCACGAAAUCCUGAAGAAGAAAAACGGACUUUAUGAGUUUAAAGGUCCUUCUGGAAUGGAUCCCUAACCCUAGCCUGGUGGUUUUCAUAGCAACCAGAGCAAACAGAUCUGUGGUUGGUCGUGUUCCUGCUGCAGAAACCAACAAACAUAAAUAAAUAAGACGUUAUAUUUUAUCUUUGGGAGACCGAAUCGGCCACCAGGGGCUGCUGUUGCACUGAAACACCUUUUAGGUAAAUGAAGGAUUUUAAAUCCUGAUGUGAUAAAAAUCUAAAGAGAAGACGUUUAAUGAGUCACGCUGAUGCGGGGGGCGGAGACAAUCCUGGGGUCGACCCCCCCACCCCACGCUGCAGCUGUGACUCAGAGACCGAAGGUGUUUUUACGGCUGACUUACAGACCUAAACAGGAAGUUUAUUAUGAUGUUAUGAGGGUUAGGGUUAAUGUAAACCUACAGAUCUAAUGCACUUUUGUUAUCUUUGUGUUCUCAGAAUGAAGCUUUUGUUGUAUUUUACUACUUUUAUCUGUACAGAAGGAAAUAUUGAAUUUUAUGUUUAUUAAAUAACACGUCCUUUAUUUUGUUGUUGUACAAAACCUCUGAAGUCAAAGCCGACGAGCUGUAAGUAAUUAAACUUUAUUAAACCUUA